GCCAAAUCGGCACUGCGGCAGUGCCGAUAGCCACUACCACAAGAAACACGUGUAUGCUACCUCUUUGAUGCUACAUGUCAAUACUGCUACCUUCUAAUCUAGGCCUACAGAACAGACAGAAGCAGUAGAAGUACCACCACCAGUAUGGAGGAAUUUGAUGUCUGUAUUGUUGGAGCCGGUACGUGGGGCUCAGCAGCGGCUUAUCACCUGACAUCAGGUAGCCACAACCUAAGUGUCUGCCUAAUCGGACCAGAAGAACCAGAGGAUCGAUCAAAAGCUACAAUAUUUGGUUCCUACUAUGAUGAAGGACGCAUUACAAAAUGUGCUGAAAAAGAUACAAUUUGGGGAGAACUGGCUAAGAGGUCUAUUGAAAAGUAUCGUGAUAUUGAGAGGAAAUCGGGUAUCAGCUUCUUCCAUGAUGUGGGCUUACUAUUUAUUGGGUCCCAAAAUGCUACACAGCAAAUAAAGUCAGUGUAUUCAACUUUACGAAUACAAUCUACAGAACUCAGUUCACAAGAUAUCAAUAAGAAAUUUCCAUUUCUUGCAAUUAAAGAAGAAUUAUCUGGACUUUAUAGCAGAGAAAAUGAUGGGUAUAUAAAUAUAAGGCAACAAAGGCUUGCCCACCAAGGCUUAGCAAAGUGCCAAGGCUGCAAAAUUAUCUCAGACAUUGUAGAAUCUAUUCAAGAUACUCCCUGUGGCAGAGAAAUGCACCUACUUCUUACAACCAAAACCAGUAUCAAAAUCCACAGUAAACGAGUUCUCUUGACCACUGGGUGUUUCACAGGCUUCAAUAACUUACUUCCUACAAAACUGGUCCCAGACAUGUUGGCGACUACCGAUAGGGUACUAUUAUUGGAGAUGAGUAGUAAUGAUGUAGAAAGACUGAAGUCGAUGCCAAGUCUAAUCUAUAGACCGAAUGACCCAUCCAAUGCAUGCUAUAUACUACCUCCAAUCAGGUACCCAGAUGGUAAAUACUAUCUGAAGAUAGGCCAUAGUGGGUGGGGUAACAAAGCCUUAUCAACCAAUGAUGCCAUUGUAAAUCACUUUAGGACUAGAGGACCAAGUUCUGUUGGACUGCAGCUUUAUAAGAUUCUAAAGAAAAUCAUGGCAGAUUUUAACGUACUGUCCAUCAAGUAUGACUCCUGCGUUUCAGGCAAAACAGCAACCGGAUACCUGUACUGUGAUAUGGUAACGAAAAAGCUUGGAAUACUGGUAGGGGGUAAUGGGUAUGGGGCUAAAUCUGCUUAUGAGAUCGGUAGGAUGGGUGCUAAUAUGAUCAGAAAAGGGGCCUGGGAUCAUGAUCUACCUCAAAGUAAAUUUAAGGUCAGGUUCAAACCUUCACCAGUAGAUUCACAUUUAUGAAAAUUUAAAAGGUUUUUUU